GUACUGUAGUUGUGUGAGUGUGGAGUCGUGAACUGUUGUUUAAAGUAGCCUAAGUAAGACUACUCGUCAGCGAGGGCUAUGUGACAACCACUCGUGCAUAUAACUCUCACUGACUUAGGGUCUAUCUAUUACUUCACUACACACUGGGCAAUGAUGUCGCUGUGAUUUCGGGAAGGCCGGCAUCCAUUUAUAGAUUAUAUUCUUCUCAGGUGCGAUUUAGGCAACUUAUUUGGCACAUGAACUCACCUAUCGCAUGUAAUCACAGAUUAUACAUUAUGUACUCGUAAGCCUGAGAAUUCAGCAUCUGUGACCGAGACACUUCCAUCACGCAGCAUUUGGAGAGCGAGGAGGGAAAGAGACAGAGACCACCGAGAAGCUCCGCUAAAAUGGCAAAGCUUUGUGGAGUCCUUUGUUUCAUUGCUUGGUUACUGUUCACAGCCCAGGCGUCUUGUCCAGAUAAGGAGUCACAACUACAACUAUGGAGACCCGGAAAUAACCCGGCCGCUGACGUCAUAAUCCCCAAAGGCAAACGUUAUCUGUUGGACAGGUCGACAACAGUUAAAAGCAUUACCAUUCAGGAUGGUGGAAAGCUGGUGUUCAAGGAUGGUGUGGCGCCAAUUGUCGUGAAGACUAAACACAUUCUUGUAGAGGAUGGCGGAGAGAUGCAUAUUGGUAGUCCUGAUUGUAGAUAUCAGGGGAACGUGACCAUCGUCCUGCAGGGCAAGUCUACUGAUGCGGGGCAGGAUCCAAACUUUGGUAAGAAGUUUAUAGGCGUUACUAAAGGCGGUACCUUGGAAAUCCACGGCAAGGCAAAGACCGCCUGGACUUUUCUGCAGGGACACCUGACAGGCCCACUGGCUGAAGGAGCCGUCAAUGACCCAUGGGUGAGCCGAGGGUUAAACGUCCGUGUUAUAGACCGGCUGUCUGGUAAUACUACAGAACGCCAGGCAUUCGACACGUACUACGACCAAACAGCCUCGCAGCGCCUGGUUGACUUCCUGAAGAAACAAAAAAAUGGAGACAUAAUCGUAAUAUUAGCCGUUGACGAAGCUUCUACAAAGCUGAGCAAGGAUGCCAAAGACUUUCUUACCAACAUGGGGAGCAAAGAGAUUGGGAAUCUUCGCUAUAGGGACCCGUGGACGUUCAUUACAAUUAAAGGCACGCCGUCAGAAACUGUUGAACAAAGAGUGAAACACAUCGGCUACACAACGAUGCACUAUGCUCAAACUGAGAAACAGCUCACCAAUGCCAAUGGCCAGUUCCGGGUCUUCGUCAGGAGCGGAUGGGACGGUCCAAACAAAUGGGCCAGCGGUCUAUUUGAACUGACUGACGUAACGGAUGGACACGUGAUCACACUGGCAGAUGACGUCAGCAGUUGGAAGGAAGGAGAUCGUGUAGUUAUCAGCAGCACUGACAUUUCCAUGUAUCAAGCGGAAGAGUUUGUGAUUGGAAAAUGUGACACAUGUAGUCGUUAUCAAGUCAAGAUUAUGGGUCGAGUAAACUAUGUCCAUUUUGGCGGCUCUUCCUAUGGUGUUGAUAUGCGGGCUGAGGUCGGUUUACUAAGCAGAAAUAUAGUUAUCAAAGGAGAAAUGGAGCCGAAAUGUUAUGGGGACAAUUUCUGCCAGUUCUUCGACUACGACACGUUCGGUGGCCAUUUGAAGAUUUUGAAAGGCUUCAAAUCUGUCCAUCUGUCCGGGGUGGAGUUUUUCAAUAUGGGCCAACAAAUCCCUGGCAGUUACCCUAUUCAUUUCCACAUGUGUGGUGACGUGGACGAACUCGGUGGCUACACGAACCCUACCUGGGUUAAAGACCUGUCCAUCCACCACUCCUUCAGUCGAUGUGUCACAAUCCAUGCCACUAAUGGACUUUUGGUUCAAAAUGUCGUUGGCUACGAUGCACUGGGUCAUUGCUUCUUCCUGGAGGACGGCAAUGAACAAAGGAACACUCUGGACCAUAACCUGGGUCUCCUCACCAAACCGGGCACCAUCCUGCCUUCUGAUAGAAAUACCAAGAUGUGCAAAGCUAUGAAAGAUAAUGUUAUUGCGGGAUAUACGCCUUCACCUGGGGGUUGCUACACAACGAUGCACUAUGCUCAAACUGAGAAACAGUUCACCAAUGCCAAUGGCCAGUUCCGGGUCUUCGUCAGGAGCGGAUGGGACGGUCCAAACAAAUGGGCCAGCGGUCUAUUUGAACUGACUGACGUAACGGAUGGACACGUGAUCACACUGGCAGAUGACGUCAGCAGUUGGAAGGAAGGAGAUCGUGUAGUUAUCAGCAGCACUGAUUUGUCCAUGUAUCAGGCUGAAGAGUUUGUGAUUGGAAAAUGUGACGGGUGUAGUCGUUAUCAAGUCAAGAUUAUGGGUCGAGUAAACUAUGUCCAUUUUGGCGGCUCUUCCUAUGGUGUUGACAUGCGGGCUGAGGUCGGUUUACUGAGCAGAAAUAUAGUUAUCAAAGGAGAAAUGGAGCCGAAAUGUUAUGGGGACAAUUUCUGCCAGUUCUUCGACUACGACACGUUCGGUGGCAAUUUGAAGAUUUUGAAAGGAUUCAAAUCUGUCCAUCUGUCCGGGGUGGAGUUUUUCAAUAUGGGCCAACAAAUCCCUGGCAGUUACCCUAUUCAUUUCCACAUGUGUGGUGACGUGGACGAACUCGGUGGCUACACAAACCCUACCUGGGUUAAAGACCUGUCCAUCCACCACUCCUUCAGUCGAUGUGUCACAAUCCAUGCCACUAAUGGACUUUUGGUUCAAAAUGUCGUUGGCUACGAUGCACUGGGUCAUUGCUUCUUCCUGGAGGACGGCAAUGAACAGAGGAACACUCUGGACCAUAACCUGGGUCUCCUCACCAAACCGGGCACCAUCCUGCCUUCUGAUAGAAAUACCAAGAUGUGCAAAGCUAUGAAAGAUAAUGUUAUUGCGGGAUAUACGCCUUCACCUGGGGGUUGCAACGCAGUAACCACAUUCUGGAUAGCCCAUCCAAACAACACGUUUACCAACAACGCUGCUGGAGGUUCCGCGAGCGUUGGUUUCUGGUUUGUGUUCCACAGGGAACCCACUGGACCGUCUAAGGGAACGUUGCCAAUGUUUCACUGUGAAAGGACCCCGAUCAAAAAGUUCUCUAACAACAGGGCUCAUUCAAAUAUGGGGAAGGCGUCAUUGAUGUUGGAUGACGGUGUGAAGACGUCACCCUCUUCGUCACGGUCACCAGCUGAGUAUUUAUCCAUGACCGGGGCAAGGCACGCUCCUCACGUUGACGCCGAUAUCAACAAGCCGAGAUCCCCCUCUAUAGUGGACCGCUUUACGGCUUACAAGUCACCGACUUGGGGGAUUUGGGCCCGUGGGGGUGAUAUAAUAAUCCAAAACUCAAGGUUUUCUGACAUCACAACUGCGGUCAUCUUAGCAAGUGAAGGUGUCACCCCAUUCGACGCCGGCAGUCACCAGACUAUCCGAGACACCAUAUUUGUUGGCGAAAGUGAAAACAGGGGGUCAAAGAAUUUAAACGCAUGGAACGGGAAUUGGGUUGCUGGCUUUGACGGAAAGAUGCGAAUGAUGCCCAGUGACAAAACAAAUCCCAAGAGAGCUAUUGCAGUAUAUGACGGCCCAAUUUCUAUAGAAAGGUGUCAGUUUAAGCGCUACGUGAGUCAAUACAACAACGCUACGGCCGCCAUUGGGUUCCUCCUGCGGAACGGCUGGCAGUUGGCUACGACAAGCAGAUUCACUGGCAUCUCCUUUGAUGACGUAACUCGCCAUACAUGGGUCGGGCGUGUUCCUACUGGGUAUUACGCCUCCAAACCAGACAGAGACGGCGACAAAACAGAGAUUUUCCACGACGAGGACGGCUCCGUCACUGGAUACAAGGACUCAUAUGUCGUUCGAACGGACAACCAUCUUCUGCGCCAUGCUGGGUGUGUCGAAAAACCAGAGUGGAAUGCCGCAGUCUGUAAAGGAUCAUAUGCUCAGAUGUGGGUGAGAGCCAACACCAAGGUACUCCGAAUGUCCAUGACCCGGACCGACCACCCUGACAAACCGAUUGAACUGGUCAGCCCGUGGAGAAAAGGCGGCGGAGUUUGGAACCAGUACCAGCCGUCCAUGUUACUGGGGCAGACCUAUACCAUUCACUGGGACGGUACAUCACCUGCUACCGUGCAGCUGCACCCCAUUAACUUCAACAAAAACGACAAUAUAAUCGUUGGGCUCUGUUAUCCAAUUGGAACAACCUUUAAAAUCCAGUACCAGCGUCUGUACCAAUGGCAGUCCAUCAAACCUCUGACCGCUGCCACAUCGCUGGCCGGGGUGAAAAAUGGCGACGGAAGCGUUUAUUUCUGGGAUGCACAAGUCGGGCUUCUAUUUCUGAAAAUCACUACUGCAUACAACAGAGAGGGGUGGAAUUACUGCUCUACCCAGGGCUGUGAGUACAUAUCCAUCGAGGCCACCAUACCAAAUGGCGCCACCAGCGUCUGCCCAGGACAGGCCUAUCCGAAGUACCAACAAAGACCUGCCAGCAUUUUAAUCGGAUAAAUCAACCUAACGGACUGGUUCGCAAGAGGACUUUGGUCUGAAACUAGUUUUUUACUAUUAGACCCGAUUUUAGCCGAUUUUUUAGCCUACUGUGACCCAAGAUUAAUUGUCACUUCCUUCAUUUUUUUAUCAAGAAAGACAUGUGUUCCGUGUUUUAGACAAAUGUAUGUUAUAAUUUAGUUAAAGUAAACAGAGUUCUGGUUUAAAUUAAAAAGACACUUUUGGGACAAAUUUACCAACCAACCCCUGAUACCAAAUAGUGAAAGAAAUUCUCGGAACAUUGUUACGCUUGUCACUAUGGCUUUAACUAAUGUAAAUACCAGUAACACACUUUUAAAUAAAGCUUGAAAAAUCAAUGUGGCAUCACAAUUUUUCGAAAACAAAAUGUUAUAAAUAAGAAUGAUACCAAUUCACCAUUAUUGAUAUGACCAAGCAAUCGCGCGCUGAGACGUUAUGUGAACACCCGACAACAAUUCCAACAAUGAGUAAAGUCGUUUUAAUUUCCAGUCAAUAUGUUAGGUCGACCCAAACUUAUCGCACCUUUUAUUAUUUACGAUAAUUGAUAGAAAUUUGAUUAUACGUCACAGUUAAGAUACGAAAUAAAAUUAAAAUUUUAACUGGCUUUCUAGAAAAUACCAGCAUAAUAAGACUGGAAAACUAACGCAUGUAGCACUACAGCAGUCUUAAUGGCACAUGUAUUAACAGACAGUUCAUCAUCGCUUAUGUUUAGGGGGCUAUCAUAAUCAGGAAAUAAAUCAGAAAAGUUUUAAUUUAA